GUAGGUAGUUGUUGAUUUUAUUUAUUUUUAUUAUAUAGGGUCUUGUUGAGGAUAAAAAAACUGACAAAAAAAAAGAUGUUGGGGGAAGGGGUGCAAACGAGGGAGGAGCACAGGUAGAUCAGCAGAUACCUGCGCUACUUGCUUUCUCUAUUCAACCUGUUGUAUUCAAGACAAAUAUCAUGUUUUUUUUCUUCUUCUUAUUCUUUCUUUCCACUUUUCUUUUCAUCUAAAAUCUCAAACUGGAAUUUAUCUCUGGUUACUGUGGCAGUUGUGCUGCUGCGUCGGUUUUUUAUUUUAUUUUUUUGUUAUUAUAUAUUCUAAACGAUGCUUUUGCAAUUUCAACUGUUACUAGACGCUCAAGUGUGUUAUUAAAAAAUAAAAAAUAAUAUGACUAAUGUUAUAAUAAAUAAACAAAAAUAUUGUUAUAAUAUUAAAUUGAUUAUCAUUGAUUAUCAUUAAUUUACAGUGCUUAAAUAAUUAUGUUAUUUUGAGGGAAAAAAAAGCAAAAACAUUUGAUCUGUGAAAAAUAAUAUUUUGGUGUAUUAAAUAGCAUGGAACCAAGUUAUCGUGUUGAGACAUUUACAAUGCCAGUUAAUAAACUCAAUGACAAUGAAAUGGAUGAUGUUAAAUUUGCAAAUAAAUUAAAAACAAAUGAUGAUAAUAUUGAAAAAAAAAUAUCAGUUAUUAGUUUAAUUAAAGAUUUCGAAUCAAUUGUUAAUAAAAAUGAAGAAAUUAGUUUACCAGUAUUUGGUGAGGUCAAGUCAAGUCCAUCAAAAAAAUUUGUUAAAAAAAAAGAAACAAUAGUAACAGUUGCUCCAGUUACUUCAAGUGUUCCAGUUAAUGUUGUUGAAGAAAAUGAUGUUUAUAAAAUUGAAGACAAAAAAGAUGACCAAGUUAAAGAAAUAAAUAUUAAACAAAGUGAAAAAUGUGAAGCUGAAAAAAUUAAUGACAAUGUUUUGGAGCAUGAUGAAAAUAAUACUGUAGAAAUUCAAGAAGACAAAUAUAAUGAACAAAGUGUUGAUACAGUUGAUGCAAUUAAUGAACCAAUUUAUGAUGUACCAAUACCUUGGCAUUUGAGACGACCAAUAUUUACAAAUGAAACAUUAAAAAAAUCAGAAUUUAUAAAUGAAAAUAGUGAAAAAUUAAUAAGAACAAGUAGUUUAAUGUCAAUUGAUGAACUUGGUGAAAGUCUUAUUGAUGAUGACAAUGAUGAUGAUAAUAAUGAUGAUAAUUGUAAUGAAUUUUGUUGUCAUGGUUUAAAAAAUGGUUGUACAGUAAUAAGACAAAAACCAGAACAAAUAACUGAAGAUAUAUUUAAAACAAAUUGGUUAAAAAGAAUUGAAGAAUUACGUGAACGUGAAACAGCAAUAAAUAAUAAAGAAUUAAUAUUAGCUGAAAUACAUGAUAAAUAUUAUCAUGAAAAAAUGGUAAAAAAAGAUAAUGCUAAAUCAUUAAUUUCACUUGGAUCUGAAAAAUCCUUGGAUUUAAAAAAUCCUCCAAAUUCAAAAAGUUCAUUAAUAACAACAGCAACAGCACCAGCAGCAUCAGUAGCAUCUGUAGCAUCAGCAGCACCAUCAACAACAACAACUAUAUCAUCAUCAUCACCAAAAAAAAAAUUACCCAUUGCAGAAUUAAAUGUACCAUUAAAAAAUCAACAAUCUGUUUAUCAUUCACAAACAAGUUUUCGUAAAAAACGUAAACAAAAAAUAUGUUAUGAUGAUUUAGAUUCAACAUUGUCAGCUGAUAUUGGUGAUUCAUCAUUCAUUGUAACAUCAACAAAAUUUAAUCCUGAAAUAUUUAAAAAACCAAUGGCAUUUACAAGAUCAUCAAGUGAAAGAAGACCAAAAAAUUUUUUAGAAAGACCACUAAGUAAUAUAUUUGAAGAUGAUAAAGUACUAAAAAGAAUUAGUGAUAAUAUUCUUGUAUCACAAGAUGAAAGUACUAUAUUUCAAGAUUAUGGUUUAAUUGAUAAUCAUAAUAAAAAAAAUGAUAAUAAAUCAACAGCAUAUUUAGAUUUAGAUAAUGGUAGUUUAAAUAAAAUAAAUAAUAAAAAUCAAAAAAUUAAUAAAAAACAACAAUGUAAUAAUAAAACAACAACAUUGUGGAAUGAAAAAUCAGAUGAAUGGUUACAAAAAAAGAGACAAGCAUAUAAUUCAGCAAAUCAAAAAAUUCCAAUUGAAGAUUUUGAUACAACACCAAUUAAUAAUAAUAAAGAAAAUCAUUCAAAUGAUUUUAAAAAUGAUAUUUGUCAAAAAAUUAAAACACUCAACUAA